AUGUCUUUUAUUAAAGAGUUCCAACAUCUCAAAAUUUCACUUGAAGAUUUAAAAUCUGCCACCAAUAAUUUUGCGGAACGCAACUGUAUCGGCAGUGGUGGGUUCGGAAAAGUUUAUAAAGGAGAAAUUCUCUUAUCUGGCGUGCUCACCAUGGUUGCCGUAAAGCGUUUGAAUACAAUACAUGGACAAGGAACCAAUGAAUUUUGGAAAGAAGUAAUGUUACUUUCUCAGUUCAAACAUGAAAAUCUUGUCACCCUCUUAGGCUAUUGUAAUGAGGGUGGUGAGAAUCUUCUUGUUUACGAGUAUCUAUCCAACAAAAGUCUGGACUUACACUUAAAUAGCGUACAUCUCUCCUGGGGUCAACGUCUUAACAUAUGCCUAGAGGCUGCCAUGGGACUACAAUAUCUUCAUGAACCUGUAGAGGGGAGUCAGCAAAGAGUUUUACAUCGGGAUAUCAAAAGCGCAGAUAUAUUGUUGGAUCAUAAUUGGAGACCCAGGAUAGCAGACUUUGGUUUGUCCAAACUAGGUCCUGCUAACCAACAAUAUACUUUUCUUUUCUCAAAUGCAGUGCGUACGCAGGGAUAUUGUGAUCCCUUGUAUGCGAAUGGAGGCUUAUUGACAAAAGAAUGUGAUGUCUAUUUUUUUGGUGUGGUUUUGUUUGAAGUUCUUUGUGGAAGACCAUGUAUACUACCAAAUUAUGUCGAUAUCCAUAGAUGUUUACCAGAAUUGUCAAGGAAAUGCUACGUAGAAAAUAAAAUGGAUACAAUCAUUUCUAGCGGACUACGGGAUAUAAUAUCGCCAAUGUGUGCAGAAAGGUUUUCAGCAAUUGCAUAUAAAUGUUUGCAGUUAGACCGUGCGAAAAGACCAACUAUGGAUGAAGUUGUGGAACAGCUUAGAAGUGCAAUUCAUUAUCAAGUAUGUUUUAUCUAA